AUGAGCACUGUGCUUCGCUCGCCGGAUGCCUCACCCUCUUCCUUCCACUACGCGACGGCAACGGCGUCGGCUUCACACCGCCCUGCAUCCCGCAGCUCGCACAUUUACAACUCGCCCCGGCGUCCCUUCAAUGUGCCCGUCGAAACGGCGCCCAUCCCGAUCACAGCGAGCAGACCUUCCGCCACCGGCUCCGUGGCAGGCAGCGCUGGUGGUAGCAGCGUGGGAUACGUGGAUGUAGGGACGCAGUACAGCCCGGACGGCCUUCCUCCCACUGCUGGACCCAAGCUGGCUGCCGGCGUGGGGAAGCCUCCGGGUGGGGACGCUGUGACCACGCGGAAAAGGAAAGGCUCUUUGACGGUGUCCGAGUCGGUAGGGGCAUCAGAGUCGGACACUUCCCCCGAGCCCAUGAGUGGGUCCAGCGCCUCGGAUGGCGCCGCGUUUCAGGUCCCCGGCAAAAACACUGCAUCGCACAUGGCUGCAGCUCAUACACCUGCACCUGCGCAUCCAGAACUGCAAGAGGCGCGCUCCACUCAUGGACAUUCAGCCGCACCUAAGAGAGCGAGGCCUGAACCAGGCUCGCUGAAAGUCAUGCCGUCAAAGUAUGAGACAUGCAAUCCCAAGGACCUGGGCGUUCUGAUUGCCAACAUGCUCAUGGAGCUCAUUCGGAUCAACGAUCAGAUACCACUGCGUGAUGGUCGCUUGACCAGAUUUCACUCUCGGGCGCCUCCUGGAAUCAGCGUCUCUGACUAUCUUCAACGAUUAAUACAGCACGCAACGCUUUCACCACCGAUCAUGUUGAGCAUGGUCUUCUACAUCGACAAGCUCUGCACGGACUACCCAGCUUUCACGGUGAAUAGUCUCACCGUACACCGUUUCCUCAUUGCAGCGGCGACUGUUGCAGCCAAAGGCCUGAGUGAUUCSUUUUGGACAAAUCCUACAUAUGCCCGUAUCGGAGGCAUACCGGUGUCGGAGCUGGCGACUCUAGAACUGGAGCUACUGCAGAGGGUGGACUACAGAAUUGUGCCAAAGCCAGAAACGCUGGAAGAUUACUAUGCAAGUCUGGUGGAACGGGCGGAUGGCUACACUUUGGAAGAAUCGAGCAACUCGGGAUCAGAAAGCGAUGCCACGAGUGACUUUAAUAAGGAGAUGAAGAGUGAAGAUGUCCAAUCCGUCAAAGUUGAAGACGAGGAUGAUAUCAUGGCGGAUACCGCGACAUGA